UCCCUGGGCCCGCCCGGGAGGUGCGGGCAUCUCGGCCUGCGCCGGCCUGACCGUGGGCUCACGUAUGGGCCUUUCCAGAAGCAAAACCAAACUGGAUAAAGGAGAGGAGGACAAGAAGGAGCUCGCCUCUUCCGUUCCCAAGUCCAAGAACAAGUGGGUGAAGAAGCCAUCCCAGGAGGCCAAGGAGGCCGGCAGCCUAGCCGCGGGGCUGGGGUCGGGCAAGCACCAACGGCCCUCCUCCUCCUCCGGAGCGAAACCUGAUGUAAAACAGUCGAGCAGGAAAAACACCAUCACUCCACAGAUCGUCAUCACUCGGGCCUCAAAGGAGACUAUAGUCAGCUACAGUUCCACUGGAAGUGAGGAGCAGAGGACCAUCCGGGAACAGGCUGAAUGGGGCCCCUACCGCCGACACAGGAACCCCAGUACAAUAGCAGCCUACCUGCCUGACAAAGAGUAAACAGAAGCUUCCA